AUGGCGCUGCUGCUGCUGCUGCUGGGGCUGCUGGGGCUGCUGCGGCUGUGGCCGGGGCUGGAGCCGAGCCCCACCACUGCCCAGGAGCUGAACCUGAGGAGCAUUGUGCAGAACAACUACAACAUGGCCAGGGUCUCUGGCAUCUGGUACUCCAUCUCCGUGGCCUCCAGCAACCUGACGCGCUUCAGGGAGCACGGGGACCUGCGCGUGUUCGUGCGCCGCCUGGAGCACCUGGACAACGGCAGCCUCAAGUUCGACCUCCGCUUCAGGGUGCAGGGCCAGUGCGUGCCUGUGAUCAUGAUCGGCCAGAGGACAGGGAAGGACGGAGAAUACCUCAUCUCCUACCAGGGUGACAACCGGGUGCUGGUGCUGGAGACGGACUACAGUCUGUUCAUCAUCUUGUACCUGAACAACACGCAGGGCCAGACGAAGACACAGGCGCUGGCGCUGUACGGGCGCACUCCCCACCUGAGCAGCCCCUUCCUGAAGCGGUUUGAGGAAGCCUGCAAGAGGUUCGGGCUGGACCCCGGGACCAUCUUGCUCCUCAGGGGCCAAGAUAACUGUUACCACGAGCGCUAGAGUGGCAGCUGGACCGUCCUGUAGGUGAGCCGCUGGCCGGAGCGGGCAGUGCGGUGGGGAGGAUCCGGCUGGAGGGGGUGGCCACAGGCCCCGCC